AAAUUUUUACCUCUAAAGACAAUGUUAGGACCAAGAUAUGAUGAUCAAGUUGCUGAAGAAAAUCGUUUCCAUCCCAGUAUGCUGUCCAAUUAUUUAAAGAGUCUGAAGGUCAAAAUGGGUUUGUUGGUAGACUUGACAAACACCACUAGAUUCUAUGAUAGAAAUGAUAUAGAGAAAGAAGGGAUCAAAUACAUAAAACUUCAGUGUAAAGGGCAUGAAGAAUGCCCUACACCUGAGAACACAAAAACAUUUAUCCGCGUAUGUGAGCAUUUCAGUGAAAAGAACCCUUCAGAGCUUAUAGGUGUUCAUUGUACACAUGGUUUCAAUCGAACUGGUUUUCUGAUCUGUGCCUUUUUGGUUGAGAAGUUGGAUUGGAGUAUUGAAGCUGCAGUGGCUACUUUUGCACAAGCCAGACCACCAGGUAUCUAUAAAGGUGACUAUUUGAAAGAACUGUUCCGCCGUUAUGGAGAUGUAGAGGACGCACCACCACCACCUGAACGACCUGAAUGGUGCUUUGAAGAUGAGGAUGAGGACGACGAAGAGGAGGAUGAUGGUAAAUCAGGCGGUCAGGAAUCAGAACCUGGAUCAUCAAGUUCUUUUAGCAAAAGGAGAAAAGAACGCCUAAAACUGGGUGCAGUUUUCUUGGAAGGCGUGCCAGUUAAAUAUGUGACCCAAGUGACAACUCAACCAAAAUUGGGCGAGAUGCAGCACAAAUGUCAGCAAUUCUGUGGAUGGGGAGGGUCUGGAUUCCCUGGAGCACAGCCUGUUUCCAUGGACAAGCAAAAUAUUAAAGCUUUAGAGCAGAAGCCAUACAAAGUAAGCUGGAAAGCAGAUGGUACUCGGUAUAUGAUGUUGAUUGAUGGCAAGAAUGAAGUUUAUAUGAUUGAUAGAGAUAACUCAGUGUUUCAUGUAUCAAACCUGGAGUUUCCAUUUCGUAAAGAUCUUCGUACACACUUAACAAAUACUCUUUUGGAUGGGGAAAUGAUCAUUGACAAAGUGAAUGGCCAAGUUGUCCCUCGUUACCUGAUAUAUGACAUUAUUAAAUUCAAUAGACAGCCAGUUGGAGAUUGUGAUUUUAAUGUUCGACUCGCAUGCAUAGAAAAAGAGAUUAUAUUUCCACGACACGAAAAGAUGAAGAAUGGUCUUAUUGACAAAGCACAGGAACCAUUCAGUGUUCGAAACAAGCCAUUUUUCGACAUACACGCUGCAAGAAAGCUUCUUGAAGGAAGUUUUGCUAGGGAAGUCAGUCAUGAAGUGGAUGGACUAAUUUUUCAGCCUACAGGGAAAUACAAGCCUGGUCGAUGUGAUGAUAUUUUAAAAUGGAAGCCUCCCAGUCUGAAUUCUGUUGAUUUUCGCCUAAAGAUAACAAAAAUUGGUGGAGAAGGGCUCCUUACCCAGAAUGUUGGUCUUCUUUAUGUCGGAAGCUUUGACAGACCUUUUGCACAUAUUAAGAUGCUGCUACUCAGUUACCUACUGCUACUUUCCAGUAUUUUUCAGGAAAGAUUUUUUUUUUGUUUCAUUCUGCCUCUCAAAAACAAGGUGACAAAAGAAUUAAAACAGUACGACAAUAAAAUUAUAGAGUGCAGGUUUGAGAACAACAGCUGGGUCUUCAUGAGGCAGAGGAUAGACAAAAGCUUUCCAAAUGCUUACACAACAGCUUUAGCCAUAUGUAACAGCAUCCAAAAUCCGGUCACAAAAGAAAUGCUGUUUGAGAUCACUGAAAGGUGUACAGCAACUUCACAAGGACAGACACGUAACCAUCACCUGGAUCCUGACACUGAACUCAUGCCACCACCUCCUCCCAAAAAACCACGCACCGUAACCUAACGCCACAGGCUCAGCAUAUGGCAUAUUUACAGUUCUGCAGAAGGUGAAAUGAAAGUGUGAGAAUUAAAAACACUUGCAAAAAAAAGUAAUUAAAAGCAUCCUGUAAAUACUAAGAUGCAUCUUUUUCAAAUGCCACAUCAUGAACUUUGUUUUCUAACUGGUAAAUUCAACCUUACUUUGUGGGAUUUGAAGAUUGAAAUAUCCAAAGGUUUAGACAAGAACAGUACAGAAUCAAUGAAAAGCUGUCUUGUUUCUAUACGGAUAUAUUUCACCUUUAAUUUAUAAUGUCAGCAAUCUGGAACCGAGAACAUUGGAACACUGUAAGUUUUCAAAGCUGUAUUUCAAAGAUAGUGGUGUUUUUCUUUUUUAUUUAAUUGGUUAGGAUUUAUCAUCUUUAGUAUAAUUUAUCAUAGUUUUCCUACAUUUCUGAGACUCAUGUUUAAGAGCAAACAGCAAUGUUGUUUGUGCACUGUAUUGGUUUAAAAAAAACCUUAUUAGGGUUCACAAAUUUUAAAAUUAGUUGGGCUUCUUUGUUGUUGAAAUAUUAAAGUGAGUCUUUAUUGUUGUAAACAGCAUCCUUCUGAAAGGAAAAGUGCUGGGUGUCUUUUUUCCUGUUUGAACUAACACACCUCAUAUGGUGGGCUGAUUUUAGCUUUGCCUUUUGCCUUUUAAGUUUAUCUGUAGAUAAGGAACACUCACCAAAUCCUUACUAUUAAGGUGUCUGUUGUGAGACAAUUUCUAGUUCAGGGCUUAGUUCUCCAUUGUAAAGAAUAUUUAAAAGUACACCUCACUGUGAUAUCCAAGAGUAAUAACUAGUACUAAUGAUGUUGUCUUAGAUUCAGCACAAAAUGGCAGAAGAAAUGCCAGACAACUCCUCUGACAGAGAGGUAAUGCCAGUCGAAUUGAGCCGUAUCACAGGGGAAAGGGUCUUUUGUUAGAAAAAUGCCAGGGCAAAGGCAAAGCAUUUAUUGGUGGAAAUGAACAUCCUGGAAUGAGGGCAUUUAUUUUCAAAGCUGGAGAAAGCUGUCCUAUGACGAUAUUUAAUCCACCAACUUUAUAUCUUAUACCAAAUGCUGAAGCAAAUAUCCUGAUGACUCUUGCUAAAGUAUGUUGUCAGUUGUUCAGACUCGUUAGUAUUGAAAAGCUGCAUUCUAUUUGACUUAUGAAGUAAUUGUCCUGAAUUUAAACUAAUUAGAAACAACUUUAAUGAUAAAAAUGCAGUUUUGAAAAGUUUACUGUACCAUUUAUAAGCUGGUAUUUGGCUGUUUAUAUAUAGCUUACUUAUUGAUAUGUAAGUAUGGGUCAUCCAUGCAUUCAGCAAUUUGAUUAGCUAACAUGAUUUCAUUUGGUAUAAUAUUAACCAAAAACAUGUUUAUAUUUAAAUGAGUUUUAACGUUUGUAAACAAAGUUAACUCCUGCAAUAUUUUUUUCUAUAUGGAAACUUUAGGGCUAUGCUUUGUGGAGGCUUCUCCAAUUGUUUCAACAUGUUGUAUAAGUAUACGCUGUAUCAUUUACAUGGUAAUCCUAGCAUCUCUUUCCUGGGAUAGUCCAUAUAUGUUGUAGGGAAUGAAAGGAGUUAAAUAAGUUACUUUUUUGCUACAUUAAAACUUGAGAGGAAAAAGUGUGUUCAUUAACACUCAUGUUUCAGUCGUACACACUUUCUGCUCAUUAUCUAUAUUAAAGAUACAGUAUUGCCUAUGCAAGGUUGCAAAAUUGUCUCCUAAAAUCAGCCUUAUAAAUUUGAUAUGAAAAUCUAUGCAACCUCUACAUUCUGCAUUGAAACACACAGGAAAUGAUUUUUUUCACAUAGUAUAUUUUUUCCAGACAACACUCUUUUCAGUGAGAUAAAUUAUAACAAACUUUUUGUCAACAGUCUUUUGUUUAAAGAUUGUUUAAACAGUGCUGUUUAAUGGUUGCGACCUUUUAAAUACGUUAUAUUUAAAAAGAGCGUCUCAUUGUUUUAAGUACUUAUCCAGCUUAUGGCCUUUGUACUACUUACCACCACCACCCACUGCUGCUUGUAUUUCAACUGAACUUUAAUGUUUCUUUUUUUCUCUUUGCCUAUAGCGCUGUGGCACUAGUCUAUCUUCUACAUGCAUUUCACCUAGCUCAGUCUCACUUAUAGCCCUUUGCUUAUUUUGAUAUUGUUCUUCUUCCUCACUCAAGCUUCAAAUGGAUUUAAUGAAGGAAUUGUAAAGACAGUGAGACAGUGAAAGCUCAUUUGAUGAUUGGGAGCUUCAUGUUGUGAUUUGACUUUGGAACUCUUCCUGUACUGCUUGCCCAUUGCUGUUAUAAGAGGCUAUCUUGGCUUUUCUCCAGCUUUUUUCAGAAAAACUAUCUACCAAGAAGGCAUGGUAGAAAGAAGAGCCAGAGUUGGUUUUUUUUUAAGAAACUCCAUUUGGACCCAGCUGGGUUUUAGGAUUGUAAAAUGUAUGAGACCCCUUUCUCUGCUAAUAAAUAUUCAGUAGUCAAAGAUCAAGGUCAAGGGGACAAGGAAGGCUGUCAUAAAAACUAAGAAAAAACAAACUGUCUACUCUGAAGCUAUAGAGUAUGAGUUCAUCCUCCCCCUCCAACUCCAGUUUUGUCAUUUGUUAAAUAAUGCCUAUAGAAGUUAUUGCAUUUUGCUUUCAGUGAAGUUAUAAAAAAUGUCAGUACAUUCCUCUGCAAACUAUGUAUUAAGUAUUUUAAUAAAGUCAGUGGUUUAAAAUA